GAAAACAAAAAAUUGCAGAAACAACUCCAAAAUAUAUACGUCUGCCAAAGUGACAACCUCAAUGAAUAUUGUGUUUGGAGGAGUGAAUGCUAUGUGGCCUGCUUUCAUACUACAAACAUUGAUAGGAGGACCUAGGCUACUGUAGAUCAUCAAAAGCCUGCAGACAAAAUUUAAUCUUAUCAGACAAGAGUGCCCUCUUGUGGCCAAAUGUGGUAUGGUUCUGAAUCGCCAUCCAAACAGUGCUCUCAAUGGAAGCCUCAGGCCUGAGAAACAGAACAUUAUUACUGGUCAGGGCCUCACUGAGAUCAGUAUCUGUAAGCAGAAUAAUAAAAUGACCCCUGGGAAUGAGAUGAAGGGGUGGCAAUGGGAAAGUCAGCGGACCAAUUAACACCCAGCCUCCCCAUGAGAACUACCUCCGUGGCAGGCAGCCAGUGAGUGAUCAGGCCACGGGUGAGCGAGCACAGGAGAGCCUAAUGGCAUUACGAUAGGGUAAUCACAGAAGACCACAGGCUGCUCGUCGAGAUGAAUCCAGAGUGAGAUGGCUGUUUACCCACCGAACGUAAAACCAUGAUUAGGGGGUUAGUGCCUUGAUGAGAGGUGAAACUGAUUCUCAUUGGUUAUCAAACCUUUUAUUAUUGGCUUGGUUACACAUGUUGCAAUGAAGCACAAUGUUACCCAUGUGGUUGUUCAAAGGUCAAAUGUUCAACACGUCAACACUCAAUUGAGACACAGUCUGGCAUAGAAACACUCAAGUGUACUGCAUGCUUUAUAGGGUUACAUACACAAAAUAAUUUCAUAAUUUGAAUUCUACCAGAUGAUAUCCUACAGACUUACACAAAAUGUUUGUACUAAACACUAAAACGUUUCCUUUCAUGUUUCAAAUGUCCCUCUCCUCCUGAUACCUAGGUGUGAUGCAAGAUUUAGGAUGGGAAUUCUGACACCUUUCAUGGUCUUUGAGGGGUCUGGAAGCUGUGGCCUUUAAAAAGGCUUGCAUCUACUUCAGUGUUUCACAGCACUGACAGCAAGGUUACCAUUUUGGACCUUGAACCACAAAACAAGCUAUAGACAAGACAUUAUUUUUGUAUAUUCUAACUUUUUAAAAGUUUAUCCGUAAUAUUUUCGUUUGAGGAAAUGAAUGCACUUAUGACUUUUGUGUUUUUACCGGCUGUGGCUGCUUUGGCUUUUCCAUUUCCUCGCCACGGCUUUCGUCCUUUUGGCAAGAGGACACAUGACUUUGAAUCAUCCGGUUACGGCCCAGACGAACCUAGUCGAGGAAUUGUAAAAGUGGUCAAACUUGACCCGCAUAAUUCAGCCCACUCUGGUGUUUUUAGGCGUGGACUAGUCCCAAGAACCGUACCGAGUUCGAGGGUGCCCUUCCCGGCCUUCUUGGCCAUGGGCCGUCCGGGACCUGCACUUCCCGCUAAAUUUGCUGUCCCUCCGCUGCCAAACCUGCGUCGUGAGAGCCAAUCCGGGUUGGAUAUGAAGAAGAAACAAGGCUUGGCGAUGUGGCAGAAAGCUAUGAACAAAGGCGACCAUGGUAAAAUGUCCAUGUCCAUGCCUCUCCCCGUCACCCUGAAGGACGCUGGCAAACAGACCUGCACCGCGGUGCCUUUUACGCAUCGGGUGACAGACGAUGGAUGCGACUCUGUGACAGUUCACAACAAUCUGUGCUUCGGUCAGUGCAGUUCACUCUUCGUCCCGUCAGAAGGGGAAUUCGUCGGCCUGUCUGGACCAGGACGCCGUCGUGCACCCUGUUCCCGUUGCGCUCCGUCCAAGGCACGCACUGUCGUGGUGCCACUGCGCUGUGGAACAGAAGUGCGGGAAAAGCGUGUGAUGGUGGUGGAGGAGUGCAAAUGCGAGACAGGCCGGGAAGAGGGGAAAGUAGAGGCCUCACAUAUGUAACUGAUGCUCACGUGUUCCCUUCUGAUAAGCAAGCCCAGUAGGCCUGGUCUUGAAAUACUAUAUCAAGUUCAACAUUUGUAUGUUUUGUAUGUCUACUUAAUGAGUCUGAAUAGUUUUGUUCAGAGAGAAACGAUUUGGAGGCAAAUGCCACCAACGAUUAUUGACAUGUGACCUGGAGUCAUGCAGUUUUCUGUUAACGUUUGAGUAAUCCACUCUGGAUGGUGUAAUGUAACAUAAUGCAUAAUUUAAACACAAUUAUAGUGUUGUUUUUGUAUACUAUUAAAACUUUAUUUUAAA